AUGACUGAUCAAAAUCCCCUUAUCAACAAAACCUCAAAUAAGCCACUGCCCAGGUCGCACUACACAUGGGAAUAUGAAUACUAUGAAUAUGCACCUGUUUCUUUUGAAGGAUUAAAGGCUCAUAAAUAUUCAAUAGUUAUUGGAUUCUGGGUCGGCCUUGCAGUCUUUGUCAUUUUCAUGUUUUUUGUUCUGACUUUGUUGACAAAGACAGGUGCUCCUCAUCAAGAACAUGUCGAUAUAACAAGAAAACAAUUCCAAAUGGACAGCUUUCCAUCAGGCCUCAGAAGACCGUUAGAGGCAGACAGAAUUUUUUCCUGCCAAGUAGAGGAAUCUAGGUCACUUUUUCAUUGUUAUAUAAAUGAAGUUGAUCAACAGGAUAGGAAGAAAUCCCCCAAAGGACUUGUGGAUAGUGGCCUGCUUAUACAGCAAACAGUUAGAAACUGUAAAGUUGAGGAAGGUAUAACUGGUCUUGCAAAAUUCAACAUCCCAAACUUUGUCACCACAGACCAGAGUUCAUCUUUAGGAGAUGAUGAUCUUUUAAUAUAUGACCCAACAAUUGUAUUACAAAAUAAACCAUCUUGCUCGGAUAGUAUAACGUCACAAAUGGAUAAAUAAGGCAACAGGUUCUUUUUAAGCUAAAUUGGGUAUUGAAAACCAAAAGGAGGCUAAUUUGUAAAUAAAUAAGCCAGCAGGUUCAUUUUAGCUAGGCUCACUAUUGCCCUCAAAAAGG